UUUAAUACAUUUUUCAUAACUUAUAACUUAAAAAAUAAAUUAACUUUUCAUAGAGUACUUGUUUAAGUCAUUUCUUAAUAAGACUGUACAAUAGUUUUAUUUUUUUUUACAUAGCAAAAUGUCUUUAAAAAGUGUUCUAAAAAAGAAGUUUAAGAUAAAAAAUCCAAUGUCAACGAAGAAAAAAAAUAAACCAAAACUUGUUUCUUACACACCAUCUGCAGAUACUUAUAAUAAAAUUGAUGCAGAUAAUGAUAUAAAAGAAUGUUCCAUAAAUGACAAAGAGCAAAAUAAAAACACAGUCCCUGAAAAACAAUUUAAUGGUGAGAAUAGUUAUGAAAAACAUAUUAAUAAUGAUGAAUCAAUAAAGUUAUCAACUGUCAAUAAGAAAAAACGCAAAUCUACAGAUCACGAUACAAGUCUUGAAUGUGUACCUACAAAAAAAAGAGUAACUUUUGCAGCUGAUGUAAAAAGUGAAAAAGAUGAGAAAAGCAGUGCUGGAAAAUUGAAACUAAUGAGCUUAAACAAACGGAAAAAAUUGAAUUAUAUAAAAAAAUUAAAGGCAAAAAAAAAUAAACAAAAGAAUGCAAAAAAGUGUGAAGAGAAUGCUACUGCUAUUAGUACACCUAGACAAGAACGAGCCGUGGAGUAUUUAAUGCAAUGGAAAAAUGACCGAUCUAAUUGGAAGUUCAAAAAAAUUUAUCAACUUUGGUUGAUUAAAAACACUUAUGACCCCCUGAAAGUAUCUAAAGAACAUUUUGACAUUUUAGUGGAAUACCUUCAAACUAUUGAAGGUAAAAGUCGCAAUAUAAUUCUUCAAAGUGCUAAUACAAUUGUCUCAGAAUUUUCAACGUCUAAUGAAGGACAACAGGAAUUGAAUUUAUCACAAGAAAUUAAAUAUCAAAGAGCAAGGACUAUUAUUCAAAUGUUUGAAUGAUACAUUUAAUAAAAUAUAUUCUUUAA